UGGCGGGGAGGAUUUGCCUGGGGUUGGCCGGCUCCGCCGCCGCCGAGCCAGAGGCAGCCGGCUUUCCCCGCGGAGCGCCCGUGCGACUCCCCCGGCCCCGCCACCCACCUCGCCCCGGCCCCGGCUCCGCUACUGCCAGCACGUGAGCCCCGCGUCCGCCUAGUCCCGUCCCGUCCCGUCCCGUCCCGGCGGCUGCCGGCGGGGCCCGCGCUCGGCCCGGCGGGGGCGGCUGCAUGGACAGCACCUGACCCGCGCGGCUGCGGAGCCGGCUUCUGUUUUCGCCUCGAUCUUCGCUGCCCGGACAGAUGCAGACAAAUGCAGUUGGGGGCACAGAGGACCCGGCGUGGGAGCCUCCCCCCCGCCGCCCGCGCGAAACUCUUCCUCCUCGUACUUGCAAUAUGCAUGGCUCUGGGUGCUGCACAAAUACCAGAACAAGGCAUAGAUGUUCUUCACCAGUUAGGUCUUGGGACAGAUGCACAACAUUCAUCUACAGCGACUACAGUGCCAUUAUCAUCUGCUCCAUUACCUCAGGGGGUUCGCCUAACAACAUCAGGAGUUCUUUUAACCAGUGAUGCCCACAUUGAGUCUCCCAUCACUCAAGUCAUACCAUCAAAUCUAGGGCAUCAGCUCACAAUACUGAUUGGGUUGCAUUCUUUCAGAGUCAAUAAUGCUUUUCUUUUCAGUAUUAGAAACAAAAAUAGACUAUGGUUUGGUAUACAGUUGCUACCAAAAAAGGUAGUGGUGUAUAUAGGGGGGAAGGCCUCAGUAUAUUUUGAUUACAGUGUUCAUGAUGAAAAAUGGCAUUCAUUUGCUAUUGACAUUAGAGACAAGACUGUCUCAUUGUUUGCUGAUUGCGGAAAGAAGUAUUACAACAGGGAAACACUUUCUAAAGUGCAGGCAUUUGAUUUAGAUGGUUUGUUUACCUUGGGAAGGAUGAACUCUCAUUCUGUCAGUUUUGAAGGAGUAAUAUGUCAGUUGGAUAUUAUCCCCUCUGCACAAGCCUCUGCAAACUAUUGUAAAUAUGUGAAAAAACAAUGUCGUCAAGCUGAAACAUACCGAUCUCUGCCGGCAGUUCCCCACACAUCAGCUGAGGUCUACUUUCCAAGCAAACCAUCUGAUGAAAAAAGGGAGUCAGAACAUAUAUCAUCUUAUUUAAGAAAAAAAGCAUCACACCUUCCUGUUAACAAUACUGGAAUAGUCCAUACUCUACCAGAACCCAAGAAGUCAACAAAUAUCUCUUCAACAGAACUUGCUAAAUCUGAACUCCUGCCCAUCGAAACUAGACCUAAAAUUAGUAUCCAAGAUAAUUUUAAUCUGCUAUUUCAUCAAAAAGACCUGGACAGAAAGAGGAAUGACACCAAAAAAAUGCCCAAAUUGCAUCUAAAUCUUUCAGACAAUGGCACAGAAGAUGCAGGCACAAACAAGGAGACCCCUCUGGUCUCUUCUGUAUAUCACAGUAAAAUGAAAAACACAGGAAAGGAUAACGAAGUGGAGCAGCAUUUAGAUGAACCUGUGGAAAUACAGCAAAUUUUAAACACAACUCUGUACAGGGAUAUUGUGGACUCAUCCUUGGAUAACCAGCUUAAUCCAUGGAGGGAAGAUGCAGUUGAUGCUGAUGAGUCUUAUAAUGCAGAAAAUAGUUAUGAUAUGGAUAUUGACAGUUAUGCUUAUGACUAUGAUGAUCUUGAGAAAAUGUUUGAAAUGGAAGACAUGAGAGGCCCAAAAGGGGAAACUGGGCCUCCCGGUCUUCCAGGUCCUCCAGGUUUACCUGGGCCAUCAGGGAAGAGAGGUCCACGGGGCGUUCCAGGUCCACAUGGUAAUCCAGGUUUGCCAGGGUUGCCUGGUCCAAAGGGCCCUAAAGGAGAUCCAGGAUUUUCUCCAGGGCAAGCAAAACGUGGAGAAAAGGGUGACAUGGGUCCAAUUGGUUUACUAGGUCCACCUGGUAACACAGGUGAGAAGGGUCCCAAAGGCUAUCCAGGACCACUGGGUCGACAGGGUGAGCAGGGAAUUCCAGGAAUGACUGGCAAUAAUGGAGCAGUUGGUUACCCUGGCAGGCAGGGUUUAGCCGGACCAGAAGGUAACCCAGGUCCUAAAGGUGUAAGAGAAAACACCAUGUAUGGCAAGGGUUUCAUUGGAUCUCCAGGUGUAGCAGGACAGCCUGGACCUGAAGGAGAAAGGGGCAUUCCAGGGCUGCGUGGAAAAAGGGGUCCCAAAGGGAGACAGGGUUUUCCAGGUGAAUUUGGAAACAGAGGACCCCCUGGUCCAGAUGGGAGUCCUGGAAUUGUUGGUGGUGUAGGACCUCCUGGAUUUCCAGGGCUGAGGGGUGGCAUGGGGCCUGCGGGAUCUGGUGGACCUUCUGGAAUUCCUGGGCCAAUGGGGCUCCCAGGAAGUAUGGGACAACCCGGAAUGAAAGGUGAUAAGGGUGAACAAGGCAUUGCAGGAGAUCUGGGAGACCAGGGGUAUCCAGGAGACAAGGGUGCUGUUGGUUUGCCAGGACCACCGGGGAUCCGAGGAAAGCCUGGACAACUUGGGAAAACUGGAGAACCUGGACCCCAGGGGCCAUCGGGUCCUCCUGGGCCUGAGGGUUUUCCAGGAGACAUUGGUGUACCUGGACUAAAUGGUCCUGAAGGUCCCAAGGGACUUCUAGGUGACCGAGGGCCUCCAGGACCACCUGGACCCAAAGGAGUUGAGGGAGAAGAAGGGCCAGUUGGACCUAUUGGAGGAGCUGGACCAAGAGGAAGGUCAGGUCAGAAAGGAUAUGCGGGGGAAGCAGGAGCAGAAGGCUUGAAGGGAGAACAAGGGGAUCAAGGAAGCCUUGGAAAAACUGGUGAAGCCGGAUCUGUGGGUUUACCUGGAGAAACUGGACCAGCUGGAAAUCCUGGUGAAAAGGGGGAGCGGGGCAGUCCAGGACCAGUGGGCCCUCCUGGAGAGAAAGGUGUCAUGGGCUAUUCAGGACCUCCCGGUGGCCCUGGGCCUGUAGGGCCACAAGGACUACCUCCCCUCCCCCCUUGCUGCUGCCUGGACACACACACACACACACACACACACACACACACACCAGCCAGCCAGCCAGCCAGGCAGGGUCCUGGGAGCAGACUCAGCAGCUGGAUUCAGGGUCCUUCAGGUGCAAGAGGACCUCCUGGGCCACAGGGACCUAAAGGAAGAAGAGGACCAAGAGGUCUUGAUGGUCCUCCAGGAGAGCCAGGGACACAAGGUAUUAAGGGAGAAAGAGGUGAUGCAGGGAAAAAGGGCAUUCAUGGACUUAUUGGCAAGGCUGGAAACCCUGGAGAACAAGGAGAUCAGGGAGUACCAGGUUUGCCUGGGCCCCCUGGAAGCCUAGGAGACAGAGGUCCUGUGGGAGAGCCAGGCUCAAGAGGACAACAAGGUGAUGCUGGCCCUGUUGGGGAAAUGGGAUUUGAGGGACCUCCUGGCCCUGAAGGGGAGCCUGGCCUCCCAGGAGAACCAGGUGAAAAGGGAGACAUCGGACCUGCUGGUAAGGCUGGUGAACCUGGAGAACAAGGUUUAAGGGGUGGACCAGGACCUCCAGGAGAAGAUGGUACUCAAGGGAUAGAUGGCUCAAAGGGUGAUUCUGGAGACCAAGGACAAGCUGGAGAGGAUGGUGAAAAAGGAGAAACAGGAAUACCAGGAAUUACAGGUUCCCCUGGUGAACCUGGUAUAAUGGGCACUCCAGGUCCGGAAGGUACUCCAGGAAAUCCAGGUCAAAGAGGUCGUCCAGGGAAAAAGGGGGAGAAGGGCCAGCUAGGACCCCCAGGAGAGACUGGACCCCCAGGAGAUCCUGGCCACCCUGGAGAAAUUGGUCCUAAAGGUGCAAGAGGAACUAGAGGUCCAUUGGGACAUUUAGGAGAAAUGGGACCUGAAGGAGAGCCAGGAAUUCCAGGUUAUGAGGGUCACAAGGGUCUACCAGGACCACCUGGCCCUCCAGGCCCCAAAGGAGAAAAGGGUUACCCAGGUGAAGACAACACGGUACUGGGACUACCUGGGCCCAUAGGUGAACCAGGUCCUAGUGGUGAACGUGGAGAUAGAGGAGAACCUGGUGAUGAGGGCUACAAGGGUCAUGUGGGUCUUCCUGGACUAAGAGGAGCUAUUGGACAACAAGGGCCUCCAGGUGAACCAGGUGAACUGGGAGAACAAGGACCGAAAGGAGAGAGAGGUUCCGAAGGUCCUACUGGAAAAAAAGGAAUGUCUGGUCAAGCUGGGAAAACUGGAAUUCCAGGAAAACCAGGCUCACCUGGGCAGAAAGGUGCAACUGGAUACCCUGGAAUAGAGGGCAUUCCUGGAAAUCCUGGGAAGCCUGGCCUACAGGGGAAACCUGGCCUUCAAGGUAACGCUGGAAGCCCAGGAGUUCCAGGACUGGCUGGGUACCCUGGAACCCGGGGACCAAAGGGAUUUCCAGGCUUGCCAGGUGCUACUGGAGCACCAGGACUGAAGGGUGAGAAAGGGCUCCAAGGUCAUCCAGGGAAACAAGGUAAAAGAGGCCUUCCAGGGGUGCCAGGUGACCAAGGCCCACCUGGAGAUUCUGGGCUGAAAGGACAGGCUGGGGAACAUGGAGAACAAGGUUUGAUGGGGCUUCAAGGAUUCCCAGGUCCAAAAGGUCCUUCAGGAGACGUUGGUUUAAUUGGGAUUCUGGGUCCUAAAGGUCCUAUUGGCCAAAUUGGAUCCAUGGGGCCCACUGGUCAAGAAGGUAUAAUUGGCCCAGCAGGCAGGCCGGGACCUAGGGGUGAAAAGGGCACAAGGGGUGAAAUUGGUCCUCAAGGACUGAAGGGUCAUCCAGGUCCACCUGGUCUACCUGGACCACCUGGGCCCAGAAAACAAAUGGACAUCAAUGCUGCUAUUCAAGCCUUGAUCGAAUCAAAUGCUGCACUACAGAUGGAGAGGUACCAGAAUACUGAAGUAACGUUUCUAGAUCACAGUGCAGAGAUAUUCAAAACAUUACACUACCUUAGCAACUUACUGCAAAGUAUCAAGAACCCCCUUGGCACCCGAGAUAAUCCAGCACGCAUCUGCAGGGAUCUGCUUAACUGUGAACGGAAAGUGUCAGAUGGAAAAUACUGGAUUGACCCAAAUAUUGGCUGUCCUUCUGAUGCCAUUGAGGUUUUCUGUAACUUCACUGCUGGUGGCCAGACAUGUUUAUCACCUGUCUCUGUGACAAAGUUGGAGUUUGGAGUUGGAAAAGUGCAGAUGAAUUUUCUUCAUUUACUGAGCUCAGAAGCAACCCAUACCAUCACAGUUCACUGUCUGAACACACCGGUAUGGGGAAUAAAUGAGGCAGGUGCCCAGAAAACAUCUGUUAGCUUCAAGGGAUGGAAUGGUCAAGUGUUUAAAGCAAAUACACUACUUGAACCAAAGGUGCUUCUGGAUGAGUGCGUGAUCCAAGACGGCAACUGGCAUAAGACACAGUUCUACUUUCACACUCAGGACACUAACCAGCUUCCAGUUGUUCAAGUGCAUUCAUUUCCUCAUCUUAAACCAGGACAACAGCACUUCUUAGAAAGUGGUUCAGUGUGCUUUCUUUGAGCUUCCUGACCCUGCUCUGGUGUAUCAUAUCACGGUGGAAUUGCUUCAGACAACAAGUAGGGUUUUUUAGGGGGGUGGUUUUAAGAAAAAUGAAUUUAAGCUGAAAUCAUCAUGAAACUGUGGAAGCAUUUUAAAGCAAAUUGUUAGUUGUAUCUUAAAGAAUCUCAGGAAGAAAAAGACUUCCUCCUAAGAAGGAGAAAUGGCAUUUAAAAUAGACUACAACAACAUUGAUAAAAGAUUUUAAUUUUUUUUAAUAUUGGCUGGUGCUUUUGUGUAUGAUUCCCUGGAACUCAGCACUAUAUACCUGAACAAGAAAUUCUUUGGGACUUCUAGUGUUCUCAGUAACCUAUUUCAUAGCACUGUACAAGACACCCUAAGGAAGCUGGAGACAUGCAGUACAAAGGAGCAAUACUGGCUAAUGCUCCCAAAUGUGCAAUAGCUUACAUACGAGAGUAAAUUAUGCCACAGUACAAUAAAGGGUUUUUUUUAAAACACAAAGUUUUAUUAUAGUCCUCUGUGGACACAUCAUCUGAACAGAUGGUACACUACCUCUUACAUGUUUCCUGUUUGUGUUGCCUGGUGCUCUUCUUAACACAAGGUGCUUGUGGCUUAAGUAGAUAUUAUUUGAUUUCCUUUUUCUCUUUCAGACUGUAUGUACUGGUUACAUCGAGAUAUGUUUCUGUUGUAAGAGUACCUAUUUUAAAUUGUUGGUCACAUACUUUGUUACAAGGAAAACCAUUAUUUAUGUGAAAAUUUUUAAACGUGUAUGUUUAUUAUUGUGAAAGUGGCAUGAAACAGCACAUUGUAUAUGGUGCUUAUGGGCUGGACAGCUUUUUUAGCCAUUGUAAAAUAGUAGGAAAGCUGCAUACAGUAGUUUUGGUCUGUAAUUUCUGUACUGCAGUUAACUAUUUUAAACGUCCAACGGCGUCUAGGGGAUAUAUUGUGUAUAUAUUUUGUAACUUGUUGAAAUUUUUAAUGCAGCAUGUCUUAUGAAGAGCUGCUGUUAAAUUAUGAUAAUCAUAAUCAUUUCAGCAACUCAGAAAUUCCAUUUUUCAUGAUACUAUUGGACAGUUCCAGUUUUCUGUUAUUAAAUUGAGCCUAAACUGUUCAACCCUCAAUUUUGAACAAAAUUACACUUCUGCCAUUUAAACUGUAAUUCUAAAAGGCUUUGCAAACACCAUGCCUGCAUCCGUUAUCAAAGAAAUGUUAAUUCAGUAACACACAGCAAAAUUAUACCUCACUGUACUUGAAGGGGAGUUUUCAAACAGCAAUUCAUUUACGCCAUGUUUAUCCACAGUAGACCACACUUACCCAACUAUAAUAAAAUGUGCUUCAAAAAUAACUGUUUCUCUCUUAUCAUUUUGGUUCCUCUUGUUUUCAGCAACCAUGAGAAGUGUACAUGGACUCUCUUAUUGUAGCAAAUUAUUUUUAUUACCAAGGGAAGCAUAUAUAUAUAGAGAGAGAGAGAGAGAUCAAUAUGUAUAUUGAUAUCUAUAGAUCUAUAAUAUCAAUCAUGGUCAUACAGGAUACUGCAAGGUUGUUCACUUUUAGAACACAAAAAUACCUGGUCCUCCAAUUUUAAUCCUUGUGCUGAAAUAUCAGUUGUAUUCCCUAAAAACCAUGAAAUAUGUUUAAUGUAAAGAAACAAAAUAAAGAAUGAUAUAUUAAGGGUA